GACAAUAAAAGCCAGGCAGAAGAUAUGAGUAUGAGCAGAGAUUAAAGUUAAAGAACAUGUCGAUUGAGACAAUCUGAAUAUUUUUGACCAAAAACAAUCAUGGAGACUGCAGUAUUACUGUUGUAUAAGACUGGGAUAAAAAUAAUUCCAAAACAUUAUUCGAAAAUUUUACAACAGGGCUUUUUGCAACACCAAAAACAAUUUUUAAAUAUAAAUAUUAGGUUACAAUUAAUACAGACACUUAAAGAAAAAGCUAUAUUUAUUAAUAAUUUAAAACCACCUGUCACUUAUUCUCUGAAACCACACCUACAUGCAAUAGUAAACUUCACAGCAAUCAGAAUUUUGAGCUUUUCAAACAUUUGUACAUUAUCUUUUGGAUAUACAUUCUCUUUGAUGUCUCUACCAGUUUUGUUUUUUGGUUGCACACUGAAACACAGAAUAGUGGUUUGCACUGUUGCAAAAUGUGAAACUCUUCAACUAGAUUCUAAUGGAAUAUUGUCAUCUAGUAUGUUGCAAGAAGUUAUUGAUAAACAAAGAUAUCAACAAAGCUCCUGGUAUUCAUUUAAAGAACUACUCUUUUUAAAUCUUAGGGCUGCACAUCUGUUCAUUGUAUUCUUUCCACUGCUGUUGAUAUACCCUUUGACAUGUAAGUAGCACUUACUGUUGUUAUACCAUUUGACUUGUAAGUAGCACUUACUGUUGAUAUACCCUUUGACAUGUAAGUAGCACUUACUGUUUAUAUACCAUUCGACUUCUAAGUAGCACUUACUGUUGAUAUACCAUUUGACCUGUAAGUAGCACUUACUGUUGAUAUACCCUUUGACUUGUAAGUAGCACUUUCUGUUGAUAUACCCUCUGACAUGUAAGUAGCAUUUACUGUUGAUAUAUCCUUUGACUUGUAAGUAGCACUUACUGUUGAUAUACCCUUGACCUGUAAGUAGCACUUACUGUUGAUAUACCCUUUGACUUGUAAGUAGCACUUACUGUUGAUAUACCCUUUGACUUGUAAGUAGCACUUACUGUUGAUAUACCCUUUGACUUGUAAGUAGCACUUACUGUUGAUAUACCCUUUGACUUGUAAGUAGAACUUACUGUUGAUAUACCCUUUGACUUGUAAGUAGCACCUAUUGAUUACUGUUGAUAAACCCUUUGACUUGUAAGUACCACUUACUGAUUACUGUUGAUAUACCCUUUGACUUGUAAGUAGCACUUACUGAUUACUGUUUAUAUAGCCUUUGUUGAUUUGUGAAUUGUAGUUAUUAGUUAUUUUUAAUAUACCCUUUAAUUUGUUUGUAGCAGUUAUCAUUUGAUAUUUAUAUACCCUUUGACUUGUAAGUAAUGGACUUAGUAGUAUUUACAUUUGAGACUCUGUUUUAAAAGUUCAUAAAGUUGUGCUGCAUAAUUUAAUAGUACAAUCAUAUAAUUUAUGGUCAUUAGAGCACUUCUGAUCUUGGACUGAAAUGUAACAAGUUUUUUUUGUGCUUAGAUAGCACAAGAUUGUCAAUCCAUAAUCUGAGAUUUAUUACUAGUGUUGCUCAUUAUGAAAGCCCAUCUUGCCUUGAUUUUUAAGUGUUGCAUUAUCAGCAACCCCCAAUCACAGCUUGAAAUAUUUAAAUCACAGUAUAUUCAAGGUGACCCAAAAAUAUUUAAACUGUCCUGGUUGUAAAUUUGAAAAAAUGGUCACUUUAGGAUUGAUGGUGUUGAGUUUAUGGAUUUGCUGGCUUCAGUAACAGACUUGGUCUCAUUAGUCAUUAGGUUUUAAAAUCUACCAUGAUGACCUGCUUCUUCUUUUUCUAUAUCUUGAGGGCUCACAAUCAAUGUAUUGAUCCUUCUGGCUCCGAUUGUCUGACUGAUUCCACAAUCUAAUUAGCCCCAUGUAAAUCAUGCCCCAAAAAUUUUUUUUUUUUGCUUCUAGAUGUAAGUCCAAAGUGUUUUAACAUAUGGAUCUCACUGCUCUACAUUGGCGUCGAGAGGUCAGGAGCCACCUUUAUAAAACUUGGCCAGUGGGCAAGUACUAGGAGAGAUCUGUUCUCCAGGGAUUUUUGUGAUAAGUUUUCUGGUCUACACCAUCAAGUUCAGCCACAUGCAUGGUCACACACAGAGAAAGCCUUGCAUGGAGCUUAUGGAUCAAACUGGCAGAAUCUGCUUCAUCUAGACAGAAAUCAAAAGCCUGUUGGUUCAGGAUGCAUUGCUCAGGUAGGCUAUGUUAUUUAACCUAUAAAGUAGACUAUUUUAUUUAACCCAUGAAGUAGGCAAUUUUAUUUAACCUAUGAAGAAGGCUACAUUAUUUAACCCAUGAAGUAGGCAAUUUUAUUUAACCUAUGAAGAAGGCUACAUUAUUUAACCCAUGAAGUAGGCAAUUUUAUUUAACCUAUGAAGAAGGCUACAUUAUUUAACCCAUGAAGUAGGCAAUUUUAUUUAACCUAUGAAGAAGGCUACAUUAUUUAACCCAUGAAGUAGGCAAUUUUAUUUAACCUAUGAUGAAUGCUACAUUAUUUAAACCAUGAAGUAGGCAAUGUUAUUUAACCUAUGAAGAAGGCUACAUUAUUUAACCUAUGAAGAAGGCUACAUUAUUUAACCUAUGAAGAAGGCUAAAUUAUUUAACCUAAGAAGAAUGCUACAUUAUUUAACCUAAGAAGAAUGCUACAUGAUUUAAACCAUGAAGCAGGUGAUGUGCAAAAUGAGUGACAGUUACUUUAAAUAUUCUAUACAUAUAUUCUAUACAUAUUACAUAAUUUGUUGCAGUAAUGAAAAGAUAUCAAACUUGAAAUACCUUCUGAUAACAUUUGAAUUACUUUUCUAAAAAUGGUUUCCCUGUUUGUGAGAUUUUUAAAAAAUCUGUCCUAAUGUAGCAAUCUUUUUUAUAAAAUAAUGUUUUUAGGUGUACAAAGGAUAUGUAUCUAGAGACUUUGUUCCUACUAGCAAUUCAAGGCAUGAGACUAGCAGCACUGACUUAGGAUCUGGUACGUUAAAUGAAAGGCACAUGUGACAUACUACUAUUAUUUCCCUAACAACUAAGGCAUUGCACAAGAAAAAUCAUUAUGUACUUUUUUGUUUCAGAAAUGUUUUAAAGUUUAUCAUUUUAAUUAAAAACUAAAAUGUAGAUUUUCCUCUCUUUUUUUAGUUACCGGUAGUAAAUGUGACAAGGUCUUGAACAAUGCAUCGGCUGCAGUAGAGAAUCUAGUUCCUGUUGCAAUAAAGGUAACUCUAAAUGUAUUAUUAGUUCCUGUUGCAAGAAAGAUCAUUUCUAUAUAUCAAUGAAAGUGUUAUUAAAAUUCAAAUAUCAGUUUACACUCAAACUGCUAUUGGUUGAUGCAUAGCAAUGAAAUUUUUGUUUCACUGAUAGAAAAACAAUAAAAUAAUUUUCUUUACCUGAUAUUUCAGAUUCUACAUCCAAACAUAGUGCAGACAUUUCAAAGAGAUCUACGUCUCAUGGCCAUUACAGCAAAAUAUUUAACGUUAAUGUUUCCUAAGCUUCAUUGGGUCAAUCUCAAACAGUGUGUUGAAGAGUUUGCUUUGACUAUGUGUAAGCAG